CACCAAUCCAACCCUUAUAUACGAGUCAGUCUCACCGUUAAUCCAGAACUGAAGGAAUGAAUUAUGAAACGUGGUUCAAUGGAUGUCGUCAUCCACUAAUCUACCAUAUGUAGGGAUCGUCGUUCUCGAGAUUAGAAUUUCCGAUGCAACCAUCCAUCGUUUAUAUGUAGUCCGUACACUUUCUGCGCGCGCAUUUGCUGGAAGGUUGCACGGCGCUUAGUUUACUGAUGUCGGGCUCAUCCAGCAGACGUGUCAUAGAGGAGCGCCUUUUAUUGCCGAGUCAAAUUCACGCCGAAAGAGAAACAAGAGCCACACAAACAAACAACAACAACACCACUACCACCUCAAAGGGAGCAAAAAAGAAGAAAAUAAAAAAAAAAAAAAGGAAAGAGAGAGAAACCCAACUCAAGGCGCUGGCAACAACACCACAUAAAAAUCGGAACAAAGAGCCGAACCUCGACAAAUGCUUAAAUAAAUACUUAAUAUGGCCCCGGCCCGUCCCGUGGUGGAUGAAGUCGUUUCUCUGGGCGCUGUUUUACUUCCCGUGUUGCGUGAACGGUGGUUCUUCCCGCCAUGUUCGCUUAAUACCUGAGAACAAGCCAAACUUGGGCGAUAGUGUCCGCAAAUUUUUGAGGUGGAAUUGGCAUUCCUCGUCCCAGCAAAAUGAAACGGUGAGUCCCGUUUACUUGCACGUCGAAGUAUACCAUAAAACCCGUAGCAGCCAUGGAUUCUUGUACCUCAUCGUGUCCGGAAGCACUGCCACCUGCUACAUUAUUAUUUAUUACUCAAAUCGCAUAUGUGUUAUUGCCCAUUAGAGUGAAGGCGACGAGCGCUCUACGUAACCGAUGCCCACGGAAAAGUUAGAGAUGCCCGGGGCAGCCACGCAGCCUGUUGGAACGCCCUCACCGGCUUCUCCGGGAGUCAACAUGAUUUGAAUUUGGAAAGAGGAUCGGAGCCAUUCACUUCCACCCAAAAUUAUCCCUCUCCUGCCUGCUAUGUUGAAGCUAAGGGAUCUCUGUCCCAUCCUCAUGAGGACUCACCCAGUGUCA